UUUCGGCUGAGCAGCAUACCAUCUUCAUUCAGCAACUCCAUUGCACAUCAUCGCUACAAACUGCUGUUGCCUUUAAACGUUUGGCCAAUUUGCUAUUGAAUCGCAUCGCACGCCAGCCAAUGAUGAGCUCGUCGCUUGCAGUGCUUUUUGGCUUCGUUGCCGUCCUCGUCGUCGCCGUGGCAGGCGGCAAACGUGAGGCGCCUCUGAACAAUGCCUAUUUGCCGCCUUCGUCUCCAUCCAGACCAUCGUCUAAGUAUGGUGCUCCACCGGCGAGCUCCUAUCUGCCACCGGCCUCGGGUCCAGCUCCAGCUUUCAACUCGCGUCCCAGCCCAUCUAGCAGCUACUCGGCUCCAGGCGCCUCUUCGGGUGGCCCGUACCCCGCCCCGGCUCAACGUCCAUCCAGCUCCUAUGGCCCACCAGCGCGUCCAGCUCCUCCACCAUCCUCCAGCUACGGCGCACCGCCCAGCCGUCCCAGCCAGUCAUACGGACCUCCGCCAGCCAGGAAGCAACAUCAUUCGCGUCGUCCCGCCUCGAACUACGGUCCUCCUAAGUCGGCACCUUCCCCAAGCUACGGCGCACCAGCUCCUCCGGCACCACCAUCGCCCAAGUACGGACCACCUAAGUCAUCGCCUCCAUCAAGCAGCUAUGGCGCUCCAUCUCGUCCAUCCUCAUCCUAUGGCGCUCCUAGUGUGAGCAGCUUUGUGCCCUUGGCUUCUGCUCCGUCGACCAACUAUGGUGCUCCCUCGAAGACACAAACUCUCGGCAGCAGCGGCUACACCUCGGGUCCAGCUGCUCCAGCUCCACCCUCGUCUUCGUACGGUGCUCCAUCCAGCUCUUCUGGCUCCAGCUCAUUCCAGCCCAUCUCGGCACCUUCAUCCCGCUAUGGUGCUCCCAGCGCUAGCUCCAGUUCGAGCUCUAGCAGCAGCAGCUUCUCUUCUCAUGGUCCUUCCUCAUCGUACUCUGCUCCCAGCCCAAGCGCAAAUAGUGGCGGUUCGUAUCCCGCUGCUCCCUCAAGCUCAUACGGAGCUCCCUCGGCUCCAUCUAGCUCCUACUCGGCACCCAGCCCCUCAGCUAACAGCGGUGGACCUUAUCCAGCUGCCCCUGCUCCACCAUCCAGCUCGUAUGGUGCUCCCAGCUCAAGACCUUCCAGCUCCUACUCUGCACCCAGCCCCGCUGCCAGCAGUGGAGGACCGUACCCUGCUGCACCAUCCAGCUCCUAUGGCGCACCUAGCUCCGGCCCUUCAAGCUCCUACUCUGCUCCCAGCUCAAGCGCAAACAGCGGUGGACCCUAUCCCGCAGCACCCUCCAGCUCGUAUGGUGCCCCUGCCGCUCCAUCCAGCUCCUACUCGGCACCAAGCCCCUCAGCCAACAGUGGUGGACCUUAUCCAGCUGCUCCUUCCAGCUCAUAUGGUGCUCCUAGCUCAGCGCCUUCCAGCUCCUACUCUGCCCCCAGCCCCAGUGCCAACACCGGAGGUCCUUACCCCUCGGCGCCCUCCAGCUCAUACUCCGCACCUAGCCCGAGUGCCAACCGUGGCGGACCUUAUCCAGCUGCCCCAGCUCCACCAUCCAGCUCUUAUGGUGCUCCAAGCGCAGGACCUUCAAGCUCCUACUCUGCUCCCAGCUCAAGCGCUAACAGCGGAGGACCUUAUCCCGCAGCUCCCUCCAGUUCGUAUGGCGCUCCUGCUGCUCCAUCCAGCUCAUACUCAGCACCUAGCCCCUCAGCCAACAGCGGAGGACCCUACCCAGCUGCCCCAGCCCCACCAUCUAGCUCUUAUGGUGCUCCCAGCUCAGGACCUUCCAGCUCGUAUUCCGCACCUAGCCCCUCAGCCAACAGUGGAGGACCUUACCCUGCUGCUCCCUCCAGCUCAUACGGAGCUCCUGCUGCUCCCUCCAGCUCAUACGGUGCUCCAUCGGCUCCAUCCAGCUCCUACUCUGCCCCAAGCUCCAGUGCCAACAGUGGAGGACCUUACCCAUCUGCUCCAUCUAGCUCUUAUGGUGCUCCCAGCGCAGGACCUUCCAGCUCUUACUCUGCACCCAGCCCUGCAGCUAACAGCGGUGGACCAUACCCCUCGGCACCAUCGAGCUCCUAUGGCGCACCUAGCGCAGGUGGCAGCAGCUCCUUUUCUUCGGGUCCAUCCAGCUCUUACUCAGCUCCCAGCGCAGGGGGCAGCAGCAGCGGACCUUAUCCUGCAGCUCCCUCCAGCUCCUACGGUGCUCCAUCGGGUCCAGCAAGCGGCCAUGGCUCCAGCAGCUCCUCAUUCGGCUCAGGCUCAUCAUCCUCAUUCCCAUCAUCUUCAUAGGCGCCCCCCAAUGGUGAUAGCAUUCCCAGCGGUCCGUCGUCGUCCUAUGGCGCACCCUCCCAGGACUCUGGCUAUAACUACAAUGGACCCAGCCAAGUACCCGAGACCAUCCAGCAGAGUUACAGCGCCAACGGCGGCUACACUUACCGCAAGAAGUAAGUGAAAGCGGGAGAAAUAACUCCAGCUCCAAACUGCAUCAGUAUCAUCAGGAACUGCAAGCGUUCAAGUGCCUUAGAAUACUCUUGUCCUCAUCUGCCACCUGCACCAAUUGUUGUAUUUCUUAACCGGUAACCGGUAAGCUUCAUUUUCAUUCACAAUCAUCAUCAAUUUAGACAAAAGGAAAUCCCCUACUGUAAAUUAUUCGCAGCUCGAAAAAAUCACAAAAAAAUUAAAAAUCCACAAAAAAAGACAAAAUUACCCGAUACAACCCAUUGAAUGUUAGCUGUAAUUUUGCACUAGACAUAAUACGUUUUAAUA